GCUGUGCGCAUUGGCCUACAUCCGGGGAAUUGAUCCUACGCGCGAAAUGGAGUGAUGUAAACACAAGCACACGUUCAGGAAAUGCCUCUGGAGUGUUGCGGUAAAGACAGCAUGCAGCUCCGCCGGAAACUGGGCGGUUCCUCGGCAACCGCCACAACCAGGAUGAGAAAACGCCACGACCAGACUGAGGCUGCUACACCGCAGAGGACGGGGGUCACCACGCGGGUCAAGGAAUUGCAGCGUACCCCACCAAAGAAACAGAGGAAGGGCGGACUGUGUCCAAUCCCCAAGGACGACAAGUCUGAUCAGCCUGGGGCAGGCUUCAUAACUUCCACCCCUGAAAUCAGUAAAACAGCCAUCCACAAAAAACCAUUGAAAAUUCACAAAGAAAAUCCAGAGACUGGUUCCCCGCUCCGCGUGCCCAUGCUGGGAACCAUCUUUUCCCCCGUGUACCACUGCUAUGAAGGAGAGCAUGAAGAGAGAGAAGGGAUGGAGAGUAUCGCCAAGUCUCUGGACUUUGGGGGCGUGACCCACUACCAUGAGGGGGAGGAGUCAGACGGAGCCUCGUCAACCAAAGAGAACCAGGAACCGCUGGAGAUCCCGAUAGAGGUGUGUCACACUGACCACCCCGCCUAUAACGUCCCUGUGGAGAUCUGCACCAAUGAGAAGCCAGCGCUGGAAGGCAACAACAAUCACCUGGUGUGUGGGAAGUCGGAGACCAUGGAGUGCGACGGACUCGGGGAGGAGGAGUAUGGGAUAUACGAGGAGGAAGAGGAAGCCAUAGCUGACGAUUUUGAUGCUGAACUUUUUGAUCCAUACCUUUUCAUUAAAAACCUGCCCCCUUUGACUGAGGAUCUAAGGGCACGUAACCCCGCUCUACCACUGAAAACUCGAAGCUCGCCAGAAUUCUCCCUCGUCCUUGACCUGGACGAGACUCUAGUGCAUUGUAGCCUCACAGAGUUGGAGGAUGCAGCAUUUACCUUCCCCGUCUUGUUUGAAGAUGUGACGUAUAAGGUGUUUGUCCGAACUCGCCCCCAUUUCCGGGAAUUCCUGGAGACUGUGUCCGAGAUGUUUGAGGUCAUCCUGUUCACAGCGUCCAAGAAAGUCUACGCAGACAAACUGGUCAACAUCCUGGACCCUCAGAAACAGCUCAUCAAACAUCGGCUGUUCCGCGAGCACUGCGUCUGUAUCAAUGGGAACUACAUCAAAGACCUGACUAUCCUGGGUCGUGACCUUUCAAGGACCAUCAUAGUGGACAACUCCCCCCAGGCGUUUGGCUAUCAGCUGGACAAUGGGAUUCCGAUCGAGAGCUGGUUUGUGGACAAGAACGACCGGGAGCUCCUGAACCUGGUCCCAUUCUUACAGAGUCUUGUACAUAGGAAUGAAGAUGUCCGCCCUCACAUCCACAGCCGAUUCAAGCUCCACGAACUGAUUCCUCCAUGACUAGGGUCAAGGUUGCGGCAUCCAGUCUGAGUCAGCUAGGCGUUUUACUGACAAGGAGUUGUUCAUGUCUCCCUUGGUUUUCUGUAUGAAGUGGAUUCAUAUUAAUGGGUUGUCCUUUUGUUACUUUGUUAUCAUUAAAAGCGUGGAGUUUCAUGAAUUGGAAUUCUGACAUACAUGUACGUAUUGUGACAUAUUUUUAGAAUGAGAUAAUUAUAUAUAUAUUAUAUGUAUAUAUCUAUAUGUUUGUAUUUGCUGCAAUAGGGCAGAUUUUAGCAAUACUUGUUUGUAAACUUAAAAAUGCCAUCCAUUGAUGUAGAAUUAGCUACUGUAUUUAAUUUCCAACAUGUUAAAGAGGAAAUGACUUUAGCAUUGUUUGAAGUUGAUCAAAACAGAGGCUGUGUUGGAAUGGAUGUAUUUUUAUUGCAAAUUUAAUGCAUUUUAACGCUUUUUAUUUUGUAAAUUAACUUUAAAGGGAGAAAAAUAGUUAAAAAUUGCAUUUAAGGUCGUGGGUGUAUCUUUAAAUGCAUACUGUGCAAUUUAAUUUGAUGUAAAUCUCUUCAAUGGCUUGGGGGAGGGGUCAAACUUGUACAAGAGCAUAAUACAGAUAAAAAUUAAUGUACAAUAUAGAUGAAAAGACUUAGAUAAUUUUUGUGCAAAUUUAGCCUACUUUCACUUUCAGUUAAGUUCUCAGCAAAGUGCUUGGUGACCUUUGAUUUUUGACCCCUGUGGUAAAAUGAAAUAAUGUUUUAGUGUUCUUUUGACAAAGAAGAAAGAGGAAUUUAAUUUGUAAAAAAAAAAGCAUGUGCAAUUUUUUAAUGCCAUUUUUUUAGAUAUCAAAAUGUUGGGUGUUCUGAGAUUGAUUUUUGCUUAAGGAGCAGAACUUAUGUAAAUUGUGGAAGUGUUAACAGAUAUUUAUUGUAGGUUUAUCAAGUCUUAUUUUAAGAGUGUGGAAUAAUUCUUUAAAUUUUGGAUGAAAUGUUUAAAUUUUGUAUAAAUGCAAAAGUAUAUCAUGAAUUAAGAGAGAAACAGGAAGAUAGCUUACAAUUGUUCUGCUGUUGGGUUUGUACAGUUUUAGAGGAGGCUCUCCCGCCUGAAGACAAGUUUUAUUAAUGUAAUAAAAAUGUUAAACCUAUGUAUAUUUCAUCCCAGUUUUACUGUUGAAUAUUUAUUUUUAAUCAAAGUCAUUCGAUAAAUAGGAAGGAAUUUCAAAAUUUUUAACUAGUAAUUUUAACUCAUUUGAAGUUUAUUUUUUAAAAUAUUAAAUCCAUCGUGUUUUUUUUUUUUAGCUCUGGCCAUUUUCAUUAUUAUUUUUUUCAUUAAAUCUUGGACAGCUAUUUUGCUUUCUAUUUGCAAGGCAGCAGUUCUUACAUAUAUAUACAAGAUCCAGAAAAGUCAGUUUUAGAAUUGUACACAUUUGUUUGCCCCUUUCACUUUUAAUGGAUAUUUUAGCAUAUUUGUAUACAAUCCAUCAUUUGUUUGAAGUCUACAUGUAUAUAAACACAUUGAUAGCAAGGAUAUAAAAGAGGGAAAAGAAGUUCUAUUAAAAAACGAUCUCAAACAUUAUUUAAAGGAUCACCACUUAUGAAUUUAUGAUUAUCACUGGAGACUUGAAUAUAUUGAGUUUUCUUUUACAAAUUAGCAUUUAACUACUUCAUUUCUCUUUUGCUAUGCUUGCUUGUAAUGUUUUAGUUUUUGAGUCUAUGUAUUAACCAGAACAUUGUUAAACACCCUCAAUUGUUUUUUUUUUUAUCACAAGUAAAUUUAUCAGCUGGAUUUAAUCUUUGUGUCAACUUCUAAAUUUGUGUACAAUAUGAACCACUAUUUUACCAAGAAACGAACUUUUGUUGUUUUAUAAUGCCACUCUGUCUGCUGAUCACUACAAAAUAGGAAAACCACCUGAUAUUUCAUAAUAAAUCUAACAGCAAAAAUAACCAAAGAUUUUUUUAUGGUUAAAAGUUGAGUUAUUUAUAUACUUGGGUUGUGUGGAAUGUCUUUUUCUCAUUCAUUUUUAACAUGCAUGAAAAAAACACCAAUUAUUUUACUACAAUUUGUUUUAAUAUGUGAAGGUGUUCUCUGUAAAAAAAAAAAAAAACAACAUGAAUUGUUAUUUAUUAUUAAUGCUUCGACAUAAUAGUAUUUUAACUUCUACCAUUAGAGCUCGAUUUCAACUUUUUUUUGUUGAAUUUUUUUUUCUUCUGCUGUUGACACGCUGCCCAGAGUUAUCUUUCUUUGCAGCUACGAUUGACAACUGUGGCGUGUAUGUAUAUAAGAUGUAUAUGGUUUAUUCUUUAACUUUUUUUAAGUUGUUGAUUUUCUUUUGUUGAUUGUAUAUAGUUUUAUUGAUUUUAGAUUCCCACUGUAUAUAUAACCGACAUGUGUAUAUACAUUACAUUUAAGUACCUUCAAUUUAAUGGCUUAUUUUUCCUACGGUAACCAUUUCUUGUAUUCUUUUAGUCAAUAAAAUUUUGCUUUUUAUUUGCAACUA